AGUAUUCAUUUCAAUUUUCAUCAGUCUGGUCUGGUUUGCAAUUUUGGUAUUCUUUUCGGCUGUUUGCUGGGCGAAAUUGCUUGAAUAUAAUUAGAAGGGUUUCGCGGCGUAGCCAGUCAGUAUGGCCAGUAUCCAAGACCUUUACAGAUGGUAUGCUUUGUUAGACGAUGCUGGCGAGACUAUCAACGAGCAUGCCGACAUCUACCAGCAGAUGCUACAGGGCGUGAAGGGUGAUGCUGGUGCGCGCAAGCUGUCUGCCGGCUUCAUCACCAAGUUCUUUCCAAGCUUCCCAGAGCUGAGCGAGAAGGCGAUCGAGUCUCUUAUUGACUUGUGUGAGGAUGAAGACGUAUCGAUUCGCAAACUGGCCAUUCAGCACAUGCCCAACGUGUGCCGAGAGCACGGUGACAACUCAUCCCUAAGUGACAUUCUGUCUCAGCUCCUGAUUGCUGAAGAUGAAGGAGAGUUGCGGGCGGUGAAGCGGUCACUGGAGGCACUGCUGAAGAAGGACACGUGUGGCACUUUGGCCGGACUGUUCUUCCAAAUUAAUAACAAUCAUGACGAAGCGUGCCGUGACAAGUCACUGCGAUUCCUGUCUCAGAAUGUGGUGGCUCUCUCGCCGUCCCUUAUCUCCGGCAAGGAGCCAGUGGAACGCUACACGCUCAACGCCGUCAAGAAAGCCUUCCCGACGGUCAGCAGUGACGAGUUCCCACACUUCAUGAAGCUGCUCAGCUGCCUGUCGCUGGUGUCAACGCCGGAGGGUGCUCGCGAGGUCGUCGACGCCAUUGCCAACGUGGCCUGCCUACAGGAGCCGUUCGACGCAAGUAACGCUGAUGCUGUCGACCGUCUGCUUGUCUGCACUCGCAAUGCCCUGCCUUCGAUCCGGCGUGGAGCGGCAGCAUUGCAAUUCACCGAGUACUACGUCUCCAAUGUGGCGCUGUUCGCUGGUGUUGCCUGCGACAAGAGCAAGGUGGACCUGUACCAGUGGCUUGCGUCGCUUUGCUGCAUCCCGCCAUCGGCGGACGAUAGCCUGGCCAUCAUUGGCACGCUGUAUUACGCAAUCAUGACACACUUGCCUGCACUUCCUAGCGGUGGCGACAGUCAGGCGUCUGCUGCUGUAUCCAAGGCAAGUGAGCAGCCAGUCGACUACAAAGUCACGGAGUGCCUCCUCUACAGCCUUCAUCAGCUCGGCAAGAAGUGCCCCGAUUACUUCACAGAGGAUGAAGCUGCUCAAUCUCGCCUGGUACUACUCCGACAACGGCUUCAACUUGUUGGUGUCAAGGCCAUGUCGGAACAGAAAUCACUGAGGGCCAGUCUGGCGGGGAAACCCCCUGCUGUCAUUCGAGGCGAUAGUACCCUACAGUCCAAUCAGAUAUCACUGCUGGCUUGUCAGAGCAUCAGUACCAUCAUCAAAGCUUUCUUCAAGAACCCACCCGUGUACAAGGAUGAUUUGCUGCCUGCUUCCAUUAACAAGGAAAAUCUUGUACAUCAGCUUACUCCCAUCACAGUCCAAAAGCGGCCUGCAUACUCUGAAGACGGUCUGCAGGCAGCGAAACGCUCUGCACCGCAAACCUAUCAACCACCAGUGGGCAAGUACAGUAAUGUAUCUGCACCAGCAGCUGCAGCAGCACCAGCAGCAGCCAAGAGCAAUCGCAAGACGGCUGCCACCACUGCGUCAACAAACAACAGCGGUUAUGCAUUGAAUGAGCCCUCCAACCCGCUGAUGCGAGGUGAGCUGGCGGCAGCAGCUGCUUCGGGAGUCAGCGGAGCGGUGCAGAGACGUGGCCGUGGCCGUGGUCAGCUGAGAGGCCGAGGUCGAGGCGCUGCAGCAGCAGCGAACACCGUCGCUAGUGCUACAACACUGCAUGCACAGAACUUCCGCAACGCUCCCAGGCAAUGGCGAGGGACACAAGGACCAGGUCGACAACAACAACAGCAGCAGCAGGCUGCGGGCCUGCGCAGACGGCCGUGGAAGCAAGCGACCGUUGCCCAUAAAGUUUCCAAAGCUGCGCCGGCUGCUGCUACUGGCCGAAAGACUGGUCGCGGCAAGCUGCUGCGUACGAGUCACGUGUGGCAGUCGAUCCAAGAUGCCAUUGCACCUGCGCGGGAGGUUGCCGUCAUCCGCAGUCGUAGCUUUCCAGAUGUUGGCCGCCGCAGCAAUAGCACAGGACAGUCGCCCGUCGCGAGUCCUUCGUCCAUCAGAGAAAAGCGACAACUGCAACAACAACAGCGACAGCAGCGGCAGCAGCAGCAGUUUCAAAGCAUACGCGCUAGUCGUGGCCGAGGCGGUGGUGGUGGCCGUGGUCGAGGCAUUGCCGGCCGUGGUAGAGGGAACAGCAAGGUGGUCAGGGAAAUCUCAAUCGCUUCCCGCCAGACGUCCACCGGCAGGCAACACAAGCGAUGGCAACGGCAUUCCCUAUAACCUGGUACAUGUAACUGCCUUGCUCCCCAGCUCAAGCAGCAAUCCUUGUGCCCUCUGAAGUAUAUGCGCACUAUCGUACAAUGGAUGAUGUCUCUGGGAAUGUCGAAGCUGUGCAGUGUGCUGUGCCAACCCAGAUACUCGCACAGGCAUGCUCGUUGCCUCAACCCUGUAGCCAAGCUUAUCAAUGGCAAUGGCCUCGUCGCUUUGACUGCCACGACUGCUAGCCUGCAUGUGCAGUCUAUUUGGGUUGCGUCUUCAAGUAAAAAAAAACUAAAAAACCCCAGUACACCUCUUGUGUUGAUCAUACAGUCAUAAGCAUCCACUUCUUGUCAGUCCUUAGCAGACCUAUCCUGUCAAAUCAGCUGUUGGACCUAUGCCGCCGUAUGGACUUUGUGCUGUCAGAAAUUCUGAGAAUUAUUAUUAAUUUUUUGUCUUUGCCCCCCCCCCCCCCCCCCUGCAAUCUAUAAUUAUCUCUUUUUACUCGAUUGUGCACACCUAUACUAUAGCUAUGCCUAUGCCUAUGCCUAUGGCCGGCUAUGCACACUGCUGCUUUUUUUUUAUCAACCCUAUUUUUUUUAUUGUCCCUGCAAAGCAACGUUACGUACCUCGAUGUGUGUCUUUCAA